AAAACUAUGGCUUCGUCCAGCGAGUCGGACUCGUACGACAGGGCGAGGGGAAACAGGGCGAGGGGGCGGGAUGCUCAACGGAGACAUGGACGGGACAGCCGAAGAGUGAACGGGAGUGUUCCUGAAGCGGCUAUCUCGGAGAAGAUCAGCGACCUGGCCAGCACUUUACAGGACACCAGUAGGAACUUGAACAAAGUUGACCAGAUGCUGGGCCAGUACAGAGGUCAUACAGAUGACCAGGCUGAAGCAAUGGCACUGCUGAGGGAGAACCUGGAGGAGUCGAUCAGCCAGCUGCAAGCACAGCGAUUGAGAAGGUCCAAUGGUGCUCGGAGUGCCUCGGCCUCCACCCUGCAUACAAGUGACCUGGAAACUGGCUCUGGCUCAGAGGGCCCACGUUUCUACCCCACUUCUCCUCUGAAGGACUAUACUGGUCCUCCUGGAAGAAGAAGGAGGUCUCAGUCUGCAACAGUUCGAUUCACGGAUACCAGCUUGGCAGGCGAGGAUAUCCACAGCAUGCACCAGUCUUUGAGGGACCUGCAGAGCAACCAGCAGAGACUGUCAGAUGAUCUGGAUAGAGAGAUCCUCAGGAGGAACAGGUCUGAUAUUGAUACUAGGAGGGCAAUGGAGAACCUCACAGAUUACUUGACACCCUCCCCGAAACAGGCGCUGGCGGUAGAAUCUCGAGUGGAGCAACAUCUGCAGGAGCUGGAGAGGGAGGUGCACUCCGAGUGGCAGAGUGACGAGAGAGCGAGACGGCCAAGGCAGCGGGUGGCCAUGUCUGAUGAUCUGCAGGAGGCUGUAAGGACACCCCAAGCCCAUGGGCAGGAGAGAGUGGAAAACAUCAGAGCCAGACUACUAAAAUCGGAGCGAGAGAAGACCAAGACAGAACAGGAGCUGGAGAAAGCCAGGGGAUUGUUGGAACAGUCAGAGAACAACAGAGACUCCCUCCUGCAACAGGUGGAAGAUAUGCGUGGCGAGCUGCUGAGGACAGAGAAGGAGAAGCUGGAGCUUCAGGGCGCCCAUCUGGACCUGCAAAGGGAGGUCUCCCAACUCUCAGUGCUGCCCUAUGCCCAGCACAUGAACAGGGAAGACAGAGGAGGACGAGGAGGGCCAGAACGCUCAGAUCUGGUAAAAGAAGUUGCAGAGCUGCGAGCCCAGCUGAGCAAGGCCUCCAUCCUCAGUGAGGUAGAUGAUCUGAGGAGGGCUCUGGAACGCAAAGAAAGGGAGCGGGUCCAGCUCUGCACUCAGGUUGAGGAGCUGUCAUCAGACCUGGCAAGCCGAGAGCAACAGCAGCUGCGCAUUCUGGCACAGUUAAAGGAAAUGCAGGGCCGAGGCCAGGAGGAGAGAAAAGAGGCAGAGGCACUGCUCCAGGAGAGCAUGAGGAGCAAAGAUGAGUUGAAGACCAGGGCCCAGGAUGCUGUGCGCCAGUGGAGAGCUAAGUGCAGGAGACUGCAGAAGGAGCUAGAGGAGAUGAAGGCCCAGACUCAGCUUCAUAGUGAUAAGGCCCGACAGGCAACCAAGGAGAAGGAGAGCUCCCAGACCCAGCUGAAGGCGCUGAGUCUGCAGACAGAGGCAGUCCACAGGGAGCUCACUGACGUCCUCAGCCGAUUGGCCCAGCGUGAGGAGGAGCUCCAUCGCAAGGAUAUGGAGCUGUCUGAGACCAGGCAGCGUCACCUGUCAAUAGAGCGGGAAAUCCAAGAGGUGAGGCUAGCAUCAGCAGUUUUAGAAGAGGAGGCCCAGCGUCACACUGUCAUCCAGGCACAGCUUAGGGAAGAGAACCAAAGGCUGGACAAGCAAGCUGCCAAACAGACCCACUGCUCCCAGAAGGACCAGGCGGCCCAGGCUGAGCUUCAGGCCACCCUGAAGGAGCUGACCUCAGCUCGAGCCAAGCUAGCCCAGCAGCUGUCUGAGGAGGAGAGCUCCAGGAAGGAGCUCCAAAGGGGCAUGUCGGAGCUACGGGCCAGACUGACUGCUGCCCAGGAGGAGAGAGCCUCAUUGGGCCAGCAGCUACAGCUGGAGAGAGAGGUACACCAGAAGGAACUGGAUAGCCUAAGGGCCAUGGUAGAGGACAGCAAGGCCAAGAGGGACCACGGGCUGCAGGAGACACUCAGGCUUUGCAGGAAGGAGCGGGAUGAGAUGCAAGCCUACAUCCAGGAGGUCAAGGUGGAUGCCGCAUCAGACAGGGAACUGUGUAGGGCACUGCGUGUCAAGCUUGAGAAGAUGAAGGAGGAGUGCGACAAGCUGAUGGAGGAGCUGCGCACCAAAGAGGAAGCGCACACACUUCUCCAGAGGAUGUACCAGCAACUCAAACAGGAACUGGAUGACAAAGUCAGGUCAGGAUAUGAGUGGAAACGUGGUUCGGAGGUGGAAUCUAUCAUGCUGCAGGAGCAAGUGUCGAGACUGGAGGCAGAGCAAGAGACGGUCCUUUCUUCUGUAGGGGAGGAGUUAGACGCAGUGUGCCGCAGCCUGGCUAGAGGUGGGGAAGACAAACUGCAGGCCAUCUCCCAGAAACCUGAGCUGGUCAAAGAUCCUCAUCGAUGGCUAGCAGAAACGAAGCUCAAGCUACGUUGGCUUUGCGAGGAGGUGAGAGAACGGGAGACACGGGAACUACGGCUGAGGAAGCAACAUCAGCAGACCAGGGAUGAGCUGAAGGCCCUGACACAGAGCUGGGACUCUGACCAGGACAUGAUGCUACAGCGCCUGGACCAGCAGGAAAAGCUACUGCACUCCCUUAGCACAGAGAAGACAGAGCUAUUGAAGAGGAGUCGCAGGAAGGAGGAGACGAUGAGGAGCCUUCAAGAUCGUGUGUUGGAUCUUGAAAUGAGCACCAAAGUAGCCCUAGACCACCUGGAGUCAAUGCCAGAGAAACUAAGUCUCAUGGAGAACUUCAAGGAUCUCGAGGAGUCUCAGCGGCAAAACGAGAUAAUGCAGCAGCGCUACACUAAAUCGAAAGAGAUUGUCUGGGACCUGCAGCACAAGCUGGAUGAGUCCAAACGCAGGACUCAAGAGUACAAAGACGAGAAGUUGGAUGCCACCUCAAGGAGCCUGAAACUGGCUGCCCUCUCGUCCUCCAUUAAAAGCCAGAGCACUUUUCUUAGUAGUUCACUGAUGUCUGACACACUAUCUUCUCACAAACACCAUGGCAGCCUAGAAUUGGACGUCUCACUCGUCAACGGGGGCAAGACCUUCACUGACCAUCUCAACUGAACCCCCCCCCCCCAUCCUUCUUUCCAAAUGCCUAAAGACACUGCUUACAGCCAAACCUGAUACUGUGUACCUGGUGCUUGUCCAAAACAAAAAAGAGCUUGAAUUCACCAAAAGGUCUUGCACUUAACAGAAUCCUCCGGACUACCUCAACCUGGCAAACACUAAAGGUGCUACGCUAAUAGCUCAUUAUCAGAACUAAUUAAAUGGGGGGAAAUGUGAAGUUCUGAUAGUACAGGGAGGACCUGUAGGAAUUUGAAAUGUUAUUUAUAAGAACUUGAUGUGAAUGUAUGUAAUAGAGUGACACAUUUAAUGUUACUCAGUAGGGCGCCAAAACAUCUACGUGGCCAUUUUAACAGAUUUUUCUUUUUACUGGACUGUAUUUUUUUUUAACCAUUGUUACACAAUUUUUAACCACUCAACAAACUCAGCAUUUUGGAAAUUAGCAAAAAGUCUACAAUUGUCUAUUUAUACAAGUAGUUUUAUCAACUGUUUAGCUUUUAAAACAAUGAAUGCUCUGAUGUUAUACGACAAUGUGAUUGUGCUAACUUGGUUCAAUAUAUAGUUUAUCUAUAUUUUUCUGAAAGCUCUUGUGCCUUUUGAAGUUUAUAUUCAAUAUGGAUUGUAUUGUGCUUGUUAUGGAACAGUUGUAGCAAAUCAGCUGUGUUUUUAACAGCUCUUCCAACUGCUUUUAUUUUAGUAUUGACUUUAUAGCUUUUGCUUCAUGCAGUAUUUGUACAAAAACUUGCAAUAAAUGGAUAUUUCUUAUGAAAUGUAGAGGAUGCAUAUAGACUAAAAAUAAAAUCUCCAUAUAGCUAAAU